AAAAAAUAAAGACUUGUUAUAGAAGUGUAUCUAAAGUUUCUCCCAGCCUCUCCAAAACAGAUAAGGCAGCGUCUAUCGCUACCGAGACUCCAUACUAACACCAUGGCCUCCCAAGUUCUCCCUCAGGCACUGCAUAUGUUCCCCAUAAACCAAGUCAAUUCAUUUCAUCCAAUUAAGAACCAAGGGUUCUCUGCAUUUCUGUCUCGUGGUCCUUCUCCAUUAACCACUUCCAAGGUUUCAGUGUCUGGGUCUCAUUUGAAAUUCCCUGUCGGGUCCAGUCUCGGUUGUUUUGCUCGAAGGGAUUUCAUUGUGAGAGCAGAAUCUAACCCUGAAGCUGAAGCAAAUGAAAAUGGUGUUGAAGAACCCGAAAUGAGAGCUGAAUCCGGAGAGGAAGGAGAAGAUGAGGUUGAAGAAGAGAAACCCAGGGAGCCAUAUAAACUCCGGGCUAAACUUGGUGAUAUUAUGGGGAUACUGAAUAAAAGAGCAAUUGAAGCAUCAGACAAGGAAAGGCCAAUUCCAGAUCUUAGGACUGGUGAUAUUGUAGAGAUUAAAUUGGAAGUUCCGGAAAACAAGCGUAGGCUGUCAGUGUACAAAGGUAUAAUCAUAUCUAAACAAAAUGCCGGUAUCCACACCACCAUUCGAAUUCGGAGAAUUAUUGCUGGCGUUGGAGUUGAGAUUGUAUUCCCUGUUUACUCGCCAAACAUAAAGGAGAUUAAAGUCGUCAAACACCGGAAAGUGAGGAGGGCGAGGCUGUAUUAUCUAAGAGAUAAGCUUCCCAGGUUGUCAACUUUCAAAUGAGAGAUUCCCUCCAAAUUACAGGCAGUUUCUUAGUUGCAUACAUGUUGUAAGAGCUUUAAUUCUAUGAGUUGAUCUCUUUUCCUUCUGGUGUAAGAUAUUGUCGAAAGCUCCGAGUUGAUUUCGGCAACAACUGAGUCCACAUCUUCAAUUAUCUACUGAAUCAUUUCAAUCUUGCUAUUUGUUAAUACUCUUAUCUUGCCUUCAAGCAAAGCUUCUUUCUUUA